AUGGCAACUAAUAAAAGUAUUACUGUUGAAGAAUUAACUACCUGUACGAUUUGUCGAGAAUCUUUCAAAGAUCCACGUCUAUUACCUUGUUCGCAUACUUAUUGUCGACAAUGCAUUGAACGUAUGGCUUCUGAGAAUAAAGACCAAUUUGAAUGUCCACUACGAGAUGGAUUUGUGGCAAUGAAAAAAAAUAUCCGCUCAUUACCUCUUAACAAAGCAAUACGUGAUUUAGUAGAAUUACACGCUUCAAUCGAAGAACUAAAUCGAUGCACUAAUUGUCGUAUGGUCAAGGCUAAAUAUGCAUGUAACAAAUGUGAAAAUGAAAACUUUUGUUCAUCAUGUUAUGAAACUGUUCAUACACCUCCAGUCAUGCAAAAACAUCAACGUCUUUCCAAGGAUGAAAAACCACCAGAAGCUAUUCCAUGUAUAAUACAUCCAAAAAAAUCAUUGGAAUAUUGGUGUCUUAUAUGUUCAAAACUUAUAUGUAUUGAUUGUUUAUUAUUUCAACAUAAAGAUCACAAUUAUAUUUUAUUAGACGAUGUCAUACAAGGAUUUAAAACUAAGAUAAAUAUUAAUUUACAAAGUAUUCAAUCAUCUUUACAUUAUAAAAUUAAUCAAGCAGAUAUAUUAUUAAAUAUAAUUGAUAAUAAUAGUAAAUCUAGUCGACAAAAAAUGAUUGAAACUAUGGCAGAAAUACGUCGGGUUAUUGAUGAACAUGAGAAGAACAUAUUACAAAAUAUUUCAAAUACUGAAAAAGAACAAAAAAAACGAAUUGAAGAUUAUAAAAUUCCCUUGACGAAUGAAUUGCAACGUUUGAAUAUGCAAAAAAUAUUUUUUGAAAUGUUUUCAUCAAUCAAAAAUCAUACAAAACUAUUAGAAGCCAAAGAAGGUUUUGAUGAUUAUGUGAAUGAAACAAAUGAAAAAUUAAAAUUAUUACCAAUGCCAACUAUAACUGAGUAUUUUUUAGAAGGAAUCCAUAAAUUUCCUAGUUUAAAAGAAAAAAUUCUUCAAUGUGGAAGAUAUGUUGAAGUUCUACGAUAUCAUAAUCCGCAACUUGAAGAAUUUAUUACUGAUAACCGAACAAAUCCAGAACUUGAUUUAAAGCUUAGACAUUUAGUAUUUGGUGGUCCAGCUAAAAAGUAUGGUCUAGGUAAAGAUUUAUCUAGUGAAGAAGGUAGUAAUUCUGAUGAAGUUACAACAAGUCCAAAUGAAAUAGCUGUUGGUCGUAGUUUCACAUGCAAUUCAAUGACUGGUGACUUUUUGUGCGCUGGAUGGCCUGGAGCAUGGAGAUGCCAAUGUGGUUCAGCCUGUUACAAUAACGUUUGUACAUGCAACCGUUGUAUUUAA